AUGGUCCGCUCAUCUCUCUUUCUCACAGUCGGCGCUCUAUUGGCAUUGUCCUCAUCCUGGGUCCAACAAGCCGACGCCCAACAACAAUGCAACGGCUACGCGGAGUUGUGUUCGAGGACCUACGAUAAGGUCUCCUACCCUACCACCCACAACGCCUACGCCUUCAACCCCCCUAACGGACUCGCCACCAACCAAAUCAACAACAUCCCUACCCAGCUCAAGGACGGCAUUCGUGCAUUCAUGCUCGACGCCUAUGCUGCUCCAUCCGGCAACCCUAAAGAGAUUGAACUCUGUCACACCAUGUGCACCUUGCUGGAUGGAGGCCCCCUCUCGGACAUACUCGCCCAGAUCAAGACAUUCAUGGACGCCAAUCCCAAUGAGGUCAUCACCAUUUUUUGGGAGAACGCCGCCGACUUGAAGCCAGCCCAAUUCCAGGCUGUCUAUACUGCUGCUGGAUUGAGCCCAUAUCUUCACGCCCAGGCCAAGGGAGCCACCGCAUGGCCCACUCUUGCACAGAUGAUUUCCAGCAAGAAGCGUCUUGUCAACUUUAUCGACAGUGGAGCCGACGCAACCGUGCCAUGGUUGAUGUCAGAAUACGAUUUCGUAUUUGAGACCCCAUACAACAUUCCUAAAGGCACUGCGUAUCCUUGCACCAUCGACCGCCCAAAGGAUCAGCGCAAGCAGAUGUAUGUCUUGAACCAUUUCAUUUCAGGAAUUAUCCAACUGCAAGGAAAUACGAUCUCACUCCCCCAGCCAGAGGCUGCCAAUCAGACCAACGGACCCGAUCUGAUUUCGCACAUCAACUCCUGCCAAACGACCUUCAAGCAGAUCCCCAGCUUUGUCGCCGUCGAUUUCUACCAGAAGGGAUCCUUGACUGAGACAGUGGCCAAGAUCAAUAAGGUCAAAUGGAAUGGAAUCGUGGCCGAUGGAGCCAGUUCUGGAACGAAUGGUACUACUAAUGGAGCCACAGGAAAGGGCGUUAAUAACAACAGUAAUGGAGCUGCUGGGUCGUUGUUGAAUGGCAAAUCUGUGGUUGCCGGUUUCUUGGCCACCGCCGCUGGUGCUAUUGCUCUCUUGUUGUAG